UUACCGGCCGGUCGGUGGCGCGCUUGGAUGAGUAUCAGCGCCGGGAGCGCGCGCCUUUGGAUGCGCGCAGUUCAGUCUGGUUUCUGCACGAAGGGAUAAAGGAGUGCAGGACCAAUUUCGCCUCCUCAGAACAUGGAUUUCUUCUGCGAUUUUAUUUACAUUCACAAGAUAAACAAAUUAACUAAAUUAACCUUUAUGUGCUUUUCUUCUGAGAUCUUCAUUCCCUGCUGUGGAGAUGAAACCCCUGGUUGUGCAUCUGGAUUUUAUUUAGCAUACUGUAGAACUUAAAAAAGUGGAGCAACCGAUACGUUCGGGUUCACGUUCAGUGAAGUGAUUAUAUUAUUGAGUUGCUUAUGAUUGACAUAGUUUAUCAGGAGCACCAUCUUCAGUGCAUAAGUAGGAGUGUGUGUAUGUCGGAGUGAGCUGUACAUCCGCACUGGAGUUGGCCGGACAUGAUCAGGGUCCUUGCCUCCUUCCUCCCCUGUCUGGGAAUCAUGGAUUUUAACCACUGAAGGAAAAACUGCUUGAAAUCAGAAUUUGUCCUGUGUGACCCCCCAACACUGAGUUUAGUGUUUAACACUCAUCAGUUUUCUCAUCAUGGGCACUGCUUUGUCUCUCUCUCCGGGUCCCCAAAAAUCUGAUUACUAUGACGAUCGACCUAACUCCCUCGGCCGCUACCCGAGCUUGAGCAGCCGCUCUUUGACCACUCAGAAGGAGCGCGGGCUCAAAUCACGAGGACAAUCUAUCUUCCUGCCUGCUCUCACAUGGAAACGUCUUGUGGCCUCGACUAAAAAACGAGGCUCCUCCAAGAAAGGGUUUCCCACCAGCCAAGGAGCCAUGGGAGCACCACUUCACAACAACAACCACAUCUACCAGAAAGACCCUGUGUUACAUCUGAACCGAGAGAAUGUUAAAAAGUCUCUUUCAUGUGCAAACCUUUCCAGCUAUGAUGGUCCAGCAGGUCUGGGCUUGGGAAUGGGGUUGAACCUAGGCUAUGUUAAACCACAGCAGCAUUCUUCAGUCAAAAAGGUUUCUCAUGGAAGCUCUUCUCCAAAACGCGUGAUUGUCCAAGCAUCUACAAGCGAGCUCCUGCGAUGUUUAGGUGAAUUCCUAUGUGGACGAUGUUAUCGGCUCAAGCUCCUUUCGCCUUCUGAUCCGGUUCUGUGGCUACGUGCUGUAGAUCGCUCACUACUACUCCAGGGCUGGCAGGACCAAGCAUUUGUGACUCCAGCCAAUGUAGUGUUCAUCUAUAUGCUGUGCAGAGAUGUGGUGGAUGGGGAGGUUGUGUCCUCAGAACAUGAACUCCAAGCUGUCCUUCUCACCUGCCUCUACCUGUCCUACUCAUACAUGGGCAAUGAGAUCUCCUACCCACUCAAGCCCUUCUUAGUCGAGGCAGCUAAGGAGGUAUUUUGGGACCGAUGCCUGGCCAUCAUCAAUGCCAUGAGUGCCAAGAUGCUGCGCAUCAACGCAGACCCACAUUUCUUCACUCAGGUAUUUGCAGAACUGAAAAGCGAAGGGGGAUGUGGACUGCAGGAUUAUGGGCGUUUGCUGGAUCGGUGAGUGGAGAGAGAGAACUUCCUCUUUCACUGCAUCGCCAGUAGAAACCUUUUUGUAUUUCUUACCUCUGCGGUGUAAAGAUCUGUAGGAUCACUAAAUCAGUCCAUCAUCGUUGAGUCACAGUGUGUUGGGCACUUGACUUUGUUUCAACUCUGAUAUUGACCUCAUAGAUGUUAUAACUGGACGGCGGAUCCUAUUUCAUAUAAAGACAAACGCCAGGUGCCUUGAAGUUAAAGUAUGGCAUCAGGUCAAAAGACUGAAAUCAGCUUUCACCAGUAAUGGAUCCUAAUACAGUUUUGGGAUGGUGCAGUUUUUGUCUUUUUCUAAACAGCAAGCUUCAGAUUAUAGAAUAAAUUGUGUGAAGUUAAAGACGUCAGAAUGCUUAUCUUUGACACAGGCCUCCAGUCUGCCACCUGAGCCCUUCGUAAGCUUAAACCUCAGCCUAAAGCUAUCCACGUAACGAAUGGCACAUGACCUGAAAAUACUUGACCAAUGGAUAGUCCGUCUGGAGUGUUUGGAUAAUGUCCAUCUUCAUGGAAGAAACACUAGUUAGUUUGUCAGUCUCAUAACAAAAUGUUUGGAGACCACAAUGUUUUCUGUGAAAAUGUCAGAGAACAAGACCAAUGGAAAAAAACUUUCCCACCAAAGUCAGAGUUUUUGUGGGAAAUUUGCAUUAUGUUACCGUCCGUAUAUUAAAUAUAAUAGCAAAAAAUACUCGUCUCAACACUAAAUUGGCCGAAGUUUUGGCUAAAGAAUUAGCAUUAUAUACAGUAAUCAGUUCAUAAAUAGCUGUUUAAUGUGAAUUUUUUCUUUGUACGAAAAUCCAAGUGAAAGCAUCACGUGUUGUUGUUGUUGCUUUUUUU